AUGGAGGGCAUCAUCCAGUACAGGCUGCUGGGUAACCACCCAGCCGCCUCGGGCCGCUAUCUCACCGUCGGCUUCCCCGGCGAGACCACCACCACGGACAAGAUACUGGACCAGGUCAUUCAAGAGCACCGCAUCAACACCAGUCGCUACAAGCUGGAGGUGUGCCGACUUGUACCAAGUCGUGAUGCCUCGACAUCCGCGCCGGUUCCGGCGCUACCUCCUUCAGAGAGCAGCGGUAGCGCCUUCUCAUGGUCAGGUGCGGCGGCGGGGGCACCGAAUGCGCUCGUGCCUGUCGUCAUCCACGGCCCCGACGUGCUUUGCACGUAUGACCGAUUGACCAUUACGGUGUCCAAGCGUGACCUUGCAGACGACGAGGCGGCGCGGAAGGAGAAGGAGCGACUUGAGCGCCAGAGGCAGUUGAAGGAAAUGGAGGAGCAGCUGCUUUCGGGAACUUCAGGGGUCGGAUACUUUAUCGACGGCGGCGCCGGCGCCCACACCGCAGUCUCGCCGUCUCCCCGACCCUCCCGCUCGGCCGCUGACGCGCUGCUGUCCUCAUCGCCGGCUGCGCCGGCGGUGCACAACCUGCGCCUUCAGCGCGCGGUGGCUCUGGCUAGUCAGCUUUUCCCUAUCAUGAAGGGCCAGCGUAGCACGUUGAAGGGGCUUCACGAUGCCGACAACACUCACCGGUGCGUCCUUUGUCGCCUUUCGGCGUUUGAGGAGAUGCUGACGGCGUGCUGCCGUUUUUGCGUGUGCCGCAGCUGCUACGCAUCCGCUUCAGAGAUGGUGAUGAAUGAGGACCAGUGCCCUGUGUGCGGCAUCGUAGCGUCUUCCGCGUCGAGGGCUGGAACGGCUGCCACGACAGAUCUCCACAGCGACAGCCUCGUGAACGUCGGUGGCGACUCCACCGCAUACAAGAAGCGUGAGCGGCAUGCCAAACCCGAGGACGGAAGCUUGUGGAAGCGCGAGGAGGGUGAGCCAAAGGUGCCGCUUCGGCUAGCGAUGAGCGUGCAAGGUGCCGCGGCCACAAACAGCGGCAGCGUUCACGGCGAUGGUCGGGCCGAAACCGAUGUCUUGGCACGGCCUCACAAUGCAGCUACAAGUGCUCCUUCGUCUACGAAGGCUUCUGGGUCUCGUCGCGCGACAGUGCCAGACGUGGCUGAGUCACGCACCGGCAGCGGCGGGGACACCGGCGAUGCGGCUUCUGCUACACCAUUCUCGAAGGACGUGCUGCGGACGGAGGAGCGCCUUCGCAGCAACCUGGAUCAGGCGCUAUCCAUGUUGGAUGCUCCUGACCCACUCUCAGCGGCAGCGAAGGCGAAGCGCAUCAUCAGUGCCGAACUGGCCGCCCUAUGCGAGUGA